AUGAUCGGGCGUGUUGGCACUUCGUAUGCCAGAAUGGUAGUGCUUUUUGCGAUCUGGCUGUUGAGUCCUGCGAUUCUGGCGCUGAGGACUACGUCCGGGUCGCCCUGUGCUGGUGUCUGUGGAACUACGACAAACACCACCUCUGACGAAAUCACCUGUCUGGAUCGAUCGUAUAAUGGAACCAAGACAGGCAAGAACUUCGAAAAUUGCAUCUCUUGCCAGUUGGACAGUGAAUUCCACGAUGCCAACACUGGGGAAUCAGACGUGAACUGGGGUCUCUAUAAUCUGCGCUACGCAUUCUCAACCUGCGUAUUCGGGUAUCCGGAUUCAAUCUCGAAUGUUUCGUCUCCCUGUCCAGUGGCAUGUGAUGGCGUUCGCUUCGCUGUAGAAACCGAUAUCGAGGAGCCGAGUACCUCCAAUCUGGACGCUUGGUGUGAUACCCCAACAUUCGCAGAUAAUGUCGUCAACACAUGCGAGUUCUGCUACAACCUCACCACAACCCAGGUCUACAUGGCAAACUUCCUCGAAUCAAUCCGCUACAACUGUCAUUUCAAAACAGUCACAGGCAAAAGAUUCAACAUCGACCCAACCAGAAUCUUCACCCAAUCUCUCCUCCCCUCCAGCCUCUCCCUCACAACCCCAGGCUCAAGCUCUUCAAACAUCAACCUAGGCGUGGUAAUAGCCGUGCCUAUAGUCGGAUUCCUCCUCAUCCUUGUCUCCCUGACAAUAUGCUGUUUCUUCUUCAUCCGCCACCGUCGCAAGAAGGCCCGUCGAACACGCCAGUCUGGCCAAAUGUAUAACCGCUGGAACGACCCCAACGGCCAAUGGGCUGAGCAGUAUGCUUCGGGCGGACAUGGGUAUGGUCCUGGAUUGGGAUUCAUGGAUAAUGACGGGCGCGGACAAGAACUACCCUAUGGUCAUGGUAGUCCCGAGCAGUAUCAGCAUCAGUACCAGCAGUUCCAGGGUCAUGAUAAGUCGGGUUUCUCGAAUCAGAUCACGGAGCAAAAUCAGGUUCCUGUUCAGUCGCCGGUCUUGGAUCCUGAUCAGAAGAGACCCCAGCAGUGGUGA